AUGAAUAUUCCGUUCAGAAAGGAUCAACACCAUCAUCAUCAUGGAAGUUUUGAUCAUCAUAUCACGGCGGAGAGGAAUACGUUAGGAUCAUCUUCCUACAUGUCGGAUGGUGCUGGUUUACUUUCAUCAAGUUUUUCCAACGCUUCCGAUUUGAGUAGCAGCAGUAUUGGGAGUUAUAAUAGCGUGAACAGCACCAAUUCAUCUCUACUGAGCACGAGUACGGCUGCAACAGGAUGGAUGGGAAUGAGUCCUCCGAAUUAUGUGAUGGGUUUCAAUGGAGGAAAUCAUUCAUCAUCAUCUCCUCAACCUAACGGUUAUCAUCACACCAAGAGUAAAAGUAUGAACAGUGCGAAUAACAACAUGACCACAUGGUUAUCCUCUUCGGGCGGUAAUCAUCAUCAUUCCCAACAACAUCCUAACAAUACCAUGCCGCAACAAGAUCAUCAUCAACAUUUCGGUACUUCUCUUCUUUCCAACAGUCAUCAUCACCAACUCGGCACCCACCAACGCAGAAUCACCACAGGUUCCUCGUCUUUUGACUUUUCAUCCUCUAUGGAUGACAUAUCUCUUAUGGGACACAACUCGUCUGUGAGAGGCAGAUCUGCUGCCACCAGUACUUUCAACUCGGUGUUUGGACCUACUCAAACGAAUUCAGUGCCAACAGAGCUUGAAAUUCCCUCUCGCACUAGUGUUUGUUCAAAUAACGUCAUGACAAAUAUGGCUGAAGAACACGUGGAUCCCACCAUGCUAUUACUUGAUUCUCCCAAGGUGGGUCACAAUCACAGUCGUUCUCAACAUCUCAGUCAUGACGAUGGAAUCAAUGUGAACAUGUUUGUUCGAUCAGUUGUUGGCAAGGUACUGUCGGAUGACAUGGAAGAAUUCAACUCCUUCCAUCAUGUGAGUGGUCAACAGAAUCAUCAUCAUCAUCACCACAACUACCAACAACAGCCAGCACUAAACAAUAAUCUCAACAUGUCACCACAACCAUCAUCACCAUUGUCACGUCGGUUCAUGUCCAUGUCCUGUCCAACUGUUCUAAAUUCGUUCCAAAAUAGUAUUGGAUUCCAACUCUUUCAACAACAGCAACAACAUCCUUUACAGCAUGACAGUCAUAAUGGAACCAACAAUUCAUCAGUAUCCUCAAUCGAUUUUGACUUAAUUGAGUCUGUUAUUGCUGGUGAUGAAUCCACAAGUGACCACACAUUGCAAGGCAAAAAACCUUGUAAAUACUUCUUCUCGGCAGAAGGUUGUACUUACGGAGAUAGCUGCACUUUCCUACAUUCACUCACUCCAAACACACGAAACAAUCCACCAAAUUUUGUAUUAGGAGUUUCAACAACCACAACAGCACCACCUUUGAAUGGUAACUUGCAUGGUUUUUCUUCUCAUGCACCUGAACAUGAAGAUUUCCAUCAAAAUGGUUUUGUCAUGAAUAAGAAUGAACAACUUAAUGCAUACCAAUACCAUACGAUGCAACAAUAUCCAUCUAAUAGCUCAAUGGUGUCCACUACCCAUGCAGUACAUGGUGAUGUUGCAUCAUCUGUAAAUAAUGUCGCUAAUCAUUCAAACUCCUCUCUGGUAUCUCAUCAACAGCAAACAUCCAAUUCUCCUCCACAACAGCAACAGCAAAUAUGUCAAUUAUGGCGGCGCAUCCGACGUUGA